GUCUAUGGUCUAUGGACUUAACCUUUACAUGAUAUAUCCUCCAAAUAAUUUUCAGUUUUGGUAAAUGAAAAGUUCUCAAAAAUGGCUGCAAUCAAGCAAAAAGAAUAUUUAAAGAAAUAUUUAAGUAUUGGUAAAGAUAAAUCUGACAGGAAAAAAAAGAAAAAAUCUAAAUCAAAUAAUGUAGCUAGAUUAACAAUUAUCGAUGAUAAUGCUGAUACAUUUGAAAAUGCAGUUAAAGAGGACUUAUUGGAAGAUGAAGAUGCUCCCCAAAUUGUUGCUGUGAUUGAUGAUAGACCACCGUCCUUACAGAUUGAUGAGAAAAGCAAAUCGAAUUUAUGGAUACCCAUAGGAAGCAAUAAUGAUGACUCAACUGAGUUAUAUAUGAAGAGUGAACACACAGAAGAUUUAUCUCCACCUAGAUCAAAAAUAAAAUUCAAGACAAAAAAGACAGAAGCAACAAUAUCUUCCUCUAGUAAAAACAAUUAUCCAGAUAAGGAAAUUAAGAUUGAAAAAGAUAUAUCACCACCAAGAAAUAGAAAUGAAUUCAGCCCUCCUAGAACAGUUGAUGCAGUGCAAGUAAAAGUUGAAACUGUAGAUUCAGAUGUAUCUCCUCCAAGACAGCGAUCAUUGAAAGAGGUUACUGUUGAUAGUGAAAAACAUUAUAAGAAAUAUAAUGAUGAUGAUGAUUUCUCGCCCCCACGACCAAGAAAAAAGAGUUUAGCGUCAGAAAUGCCUCGUAAAAAAAGAAGUAGAUGGGAAAACGAAAAUGUUCAUGAGUCUCCUCCAAGCCAUCAUCAUAAACAAAAAGAAAAACAUGAUAAACGAAUUGAAAGGGAUGAUGAUAUUUCCCCUUUAAGAAAGAGAAAUAAGUCAACACAUCCAAAAAUUAUGAAAACUACACUAGACGGAAAAACUGCAGGCUUACAGAAUGCUAAGCAAUUGGCUGCUGAAAGUAUAAUUCUCAAAGAGAAAGAGAUGGAACUUUUCAAUAAGAUGUCCAGUGAAAUUUCUGGAGCCAAUGCUGCCACCAUAAUUCGAGAUAAAAAAACAGGAAGGGUUAGAAAUCUGGAAGAAGAAGCAGCCAGACAAGAAGAGAAGAAAAAGAAGGAGCAUGUCAACAAAGAGAAAUAUUCAAGGUGGGGAAGAGGUCUCAAACAAUGUGAAGAUCAAACUAAAAAAAGGGAAGAAGCGCUAAAUGAGAUGAGCAAACCACUUGCGAGGUAUGCAGAUGACGAAGAUUUGGAGAGAUAUCUUAAAGAGCAAGAAAGAGAAGGAGAUCCCAUGUUGGCCUAUUUAAGGAAAAAAAAGAAGAAGAAGGAUGUAGAAGAAGGAAAGCCAAUGAAACCUGAGUAUAUGGGAGAGUUUAUGCCAAACCGGUUUGGAAUAAGACCAGGCCAUCGUUGGGAUGGUGUUGACAGGUCAAAUGGAUAUGAAAAAAAAUGGUUUGAAAUUCAAAAUUCCAAAAUGGCCCAACAAGAAGAAGCCUACAGAUGGGGAAUUGAAGAUAUGUGAGGAGAGAUAUGUUUUUGAAAUUUUGUAAAUAUUGUAAAUAGAAUAUUCAUAAGAUUUGUUGUUGAUUAUAGCAAAAUAUCAUGAAAAUCCAUAGAAUUUUCUAUAAGCGUGUAAAGAAUAAAUAAUUUCAUAUUAAA